AUGGCGAAAUUAUACAUGACGGAAAUACCGUUUCCCAUUAAAGACUGUCAAGCAGCCGUUAUUAAAGCAUAUGGCAUUUCGAUAAGCAGAAGAAAAGCAUAUCUUGGUCGCAAGCGUGCUUUUGAAAAAGUCUAUGGUACUUGGGAGGGUUCUUUUGCCGAGUUGCCGAGGUUCAUGGAAGCUUUGAAACACUUCAAUCCCGGAACAAUAGUUGAAUGGAAAACAGAGCGGCGUGUCGAUGUCAUUGAAGAUGUAUUCAACUAUGUGUUCUGGACUUUUAAACCAUGCAUUGAUGGGUUUGUGUUUUGUCGUCCUGUUAUAUCGAUCGACGGAACACAUUUCUAUGGAAAAUAUGAUAUCAAGUUGUUGAUUGCGAUUGCAACGGAUGGUAACGGCUCAAUAUUACCUUUGGCAUUUGCAAUAGUUGCGAAUGAGAGCAUGGAGACAUGA